AAAAGCUCUAGCCUCUCUCUAUACGUUUACAAUAAAAACUCCAUCCCACAAGAAGUUUUCUCUCUCUCUCUCUCUCUCUCUCUCUCUCAGUCCUUUAUCUUCUUCCUCUUCUUAUUCUUCUCCUUUCUAUAAGGCAUGGAAUUGGCCUUGUCUCUCGGAGACAGUACGAAACAAUACUUCCCAUUUCUUGACAAGCAACCGACGACGAUGAUCGAUCCUUCAUCGUCGUCUUCGGACAAGGAUCUAGGGUUUUGCAUGGGUUUAGAUGUGGGUUUUGGUCGGGGAUCAUCAUCGUCAUCAUCGUCGGAGGGGGAGAAACCGGCACCACCGAAAUAUUCAGACAGAUUUAGGGUUUCUUCGACCACAGAUCCGCCAUUAAAGCUUGAUCUCCGUCCUUUCUCUCCUGUUCCUCGUUCUAACCAGCUUCAUUUUCCUUGGCCACCGGAAAACGGGGGGAGCAGAGGAGGAAGAAGAGUAGAGACCAGCAAGCUCUGUGAAACCCUAACCCUAACGGAAGAGGAGACUGAUCAUCGCCAUUGUAGCGUAACAUCGUCGUCGUUUUGUUUGGAUUUCGGGAUAAGGAGCGACGGGAAGAGGGAGGAGAUGGAGAGAUCAGCUUCGAGGGCGAGCGAUGAGGAAGAGAACGUUUCUUCAACCCGCAAGAAACUGAGGCUCUCCAAAGAACAAUCUGCUUUUCUCGAAGAGAGCUUCAAAGAACACAGCACCCUUAAUCCUACACAUAAGCUUGCUUUGGCGAAGCAAUUGAACCUUCGUCCUCGCCAAGUUGAAGUCUGGUUCCAGAACAGAAGAGCAAGGACAAAGUUGAAGCAGACAGAAGUGGAUUGUGAAUACCUAAAGAGAUGCUGUGAGACACUGACAGAAGAGAACAGGAGAUUACAAAAGGAGCUCCAAGAACUAAGGGCCUUGAAGUCUUCAAGACCUUUCUACAUGCAGCUUCCCGCCACCACUCUCACCAUCUGCCCUUCUUGCGAGCGCGUGGGCUCCACUGCCACCGCCGCCGCACCGCCCUCCGGCUCAAGCCCCGGCCUUGCCACGUCUUUGAGCCGGCCGGCCAAGUCCCAAGUGGCAGACCAAGUCUCGUGAGGUGAGAUCUUGUUGGAACAACAAAAGAGGGUAUUAUUACGUUGGAGAGUUUUUUUUUUUAUUUUCUUUUUUUCCAUAUUUGUUAAUAUAUAUAUUUACUUUCAUUUAUUUGGAAUACAACGUGAUGUCUCCAUUUUUAUUUUA